AUUGACCACGGAGAUUUCGCAGAGUCUCCAGUACAGCUACAAUGGCGUCAACGUCUCAACCCCCUCUUCGGUUCACUUCCCACAAGAACUUCGUGUACCGUCUCGUCUUCGCUACGUUGACCGGCCGCACGAUUCAAAUCUCCCAGAUCCGUCCUUCGUCGCCUACGAAUCCCGGUCUCGCUCCUCAUGAAAUUUCCUUCCUCCGUCUCCUGGAGUCCAUUACCAAUGGCUCCCAGAUGGAGAUCUCAUACACCGGUACUAUCCUUGUUUAUAAGCCCGGUCUCAUUACAGGCAGUUCGCCAGGCGUGGCCACGAGCAGCGGAGGUGUCGUCAGGCACGAGCUCCCUGCAGGGUGCAAUCGUGGUGUGAGCUACUAUCUGCUGCCGCUCUGCCUUUUGGCACCUUUCUCCAAGGCGCCCAUCAAGGUCCUUUUUACUGGUCCAGGUGUGAUCACCUCGUCCACCCCGAAUGGUGACAUGUCCGUGGACAGUGUGCGUACUGCCAUUCUCCCUCUCUACAACCAAUUUGGAAUUUUCAACAACAUCGAGCUGCGCAUCCUACGGCGAUCGAACCCUGGACCCAAUGGCAGAGGCGGUGGUGGAGAAGUUCAGCUAGUAUUUGGCCACCAGCUCCGGCUGCCGAAGACCCUGCACCUCAUGAACGCCGGUCGCAUCAAGAAGGUCCGCGGUGUGGCCUACUCCGUCGGUGUUUCCGCAUCCAAUAACGCAAGAAUGAUCGAAACCGCCCGUGGUGUUCUAAACCCACUCGUCCCUGACACCUAUAUCUUCUCUGAUGUGUCGUCGGCGCCGCUCGUGCCUGCCCCCGAGAAGAGCAACCCCUCCGCGAAAAAGAAGAUUGGUCUUGGUUUCGGACUCUCGUUGGUCGCUGAGUCGUCUACUGGCUGCCUGUUCUCCGCCGAUGUGGCGUCGCCUCCCGCAGGCGGCGAGGCGCCUGAAGACAUUGGGAAGCGAUGUGCUUACCAGCUACUCGAGGCCGUUUCGAAGGGAGGUUGCGUUGCCCCUGCAGCUGUUCCGACCAUGCUGGGUCUGAUGACGAUGGGAUCGGAGGAUGUUGGACGAAUCCAAGUUGGUCGGGACGUGAUCGCCGAGGAGAGCACCAUCCAGCUGGCCAGGGACCUGACCAAGUUCGGUGCUCCAGGUUGGGGUCUGAGAGACGCGAGUGGUGAGAAUGAGAAUGGGGAUGUGAUCAUCAGUGUGGUUGGCCGCGGCAUUGGCAACGUUGGCCGUAAGGUUGCUUGAUUGUUGAAGACCCAACAUCAGCCUCACAUCAACUCCGCGGUCGGCUGUUUCAGGUAUUACCGACCUUUUCUGGUCGGUGGUCUGUCCAGUGGAGCUUCAAGGGCCCUGU